GAGAAAGUUUGGGUAAACGUGGACAAGUCUCUGGAGUGCAUCAUCCAGCGAGUGGACAAGCUGCUUCAGAAACAGAGGAGACCCAGCAUGGACAGUCGGGACAGUACCCAGAGCGGCCAGCAGGGCGACGGCACCAAGAAAGGUGACAGUAAAACACGAGCUUUCUGGAUCAACCCGGGAAGUUUGUCACAGGACUCCCCUCCAUCAACAUCAUCCUCAUCAUCAGAACCACUUCCACCAUCCUCAUCAUCAGCACCUGCCCUUUCUUCUGCACGUCCCCCCAGCCCUGAACAGGAAAGCU